GGUGAAAAGCAAGAAUAUGUGUAUUAGACCCCGUAAAUGUGAAAAAUUAGCGGUUGGAACAUUGAAUGUUAGAGGAAUUAGAUCGCAUUUAAAGCAGAAAGACCUAGCCCUGGAUCUAGAGCGAUACAAUGUGCAGAUACUCGGCGUACAGGAAACGCACCUGCAAGGCACAGGUGUUAUCGACUUGCCUUGUAGCGGGAAUCUCAAAUACGUUCUUUUCUACACGGGAUCGGACAACAACUCACACCAUGGAGUCGGUAUUGCUAUCGAGAAGGGUUUGUGUGCUAAAUUUAAAGGUUUUUCUGAUAGAACGUGUAUGGCUACUUUUAGGAUUGAUGAGAAAGCAAACAAGCCAAGUGGCCAUUUUGGAUUUUGGCGACCAUCUGGGAUUUUAACUCUCUGUGGCCCUUGAUUGAUCUUGGAAGGCUUAGGUCUGAGGUGACAAUUCCACUUAUAAAUAUGCUGUAUAUCUCUAAUAACUUUAAUUUUGGC